AAUGGCUUGAAGUAUCAGCUAUCAAAACGCAACAUUGUCAACAACACACCCUUUUUUGUGCCCUUUCUGUGUUUGUUUUUUAUUCUCUCUCACUCUCUCACACAUUGUUCUAUUCUUCAGUGAGUAGUAUCUUUAGUGUGUGUCCACAAUGAACAGCAUCUCAUCGGUCACGUUUGAUUCUCACGCGAUACGCAACCCUCACCGCCCCUUUUCAUCUCGCCGCUUUUAUCUCGCUCGAAACCUUGUCGUAUGCUCCGCUAAGCCCGUCGCGCCUCCUCCCACCAAGCUCGCCGCCGCCGACACAUCCGCCGCCCGCAUCGGCUCGCUGAGCCAGGUCUCUGGCGUGCUGGGUUGCCAGUGGGGUGAUGAGGGCAAGGGUAAACUCGUCGACGUCUUGGGCCAACACUUCGAAAUCGUUGCUCGCUGUCAGGGUGGAGCUAAUGCUGGGCAUACUAUCUACAAUGCAGAAGGGAAAAAGUUUGCGCUUCAUCUUGUUCCUUCUGGUAUUCUGAACGAGGAUACUCUGUGUGUUAUUGGGAAUGGGGUUGUAGUGCACCUGCCGGGGUUGUUUAAAGAGAUUGAUGGUCUUGAGUCAAGUGGGGUCUCUUGCCAGGGAAGGAUAUUGGUAUCUGAUCGUGCUCACCUGUUGUUCGAUUUCCACCAAGUAGUGGAUGGAUUGAGGGAAGCCGAGCUUGCUAAAUCUUUCAUCGGCACCACCAAGAGAGGCAUUGGACCCUGCUACUCCAGCAAGGUUAACCGCAAUGGCAUUAGAGUAGGUGAUUUGAGGCAAAUGGAUACUUUCCCCCAAAAGCUUGAUGUUAUAUUGUCAGAUGUAGCAUUAAGGUUCAAAGAUUUCAGCUAUGGUCCAGACGUGCUAAGGGAAGAAGUUGAAAAAUACAAGAGAUAUACUGAGAGGUUGGAACCAUUUAUUGCUGAUACUGUGCAUGUCAUGAAUGAGGCCAUAACACAGAAAAGGAAGAUUUUGGUUGAAGGAGGACAAGCAACCAUGUUGGACAUUGAUUUUGGAACUUAUCCUUUUGUUACAUCGUCUAGCCCAUCAGCAGGCGGGAUAUGCACUGGUCUUGGUAUUGCUCCAAGGGUGAUUGGUGAUUUAAUAGGAGUGGUGAAGGCAUACACUACAAGAGUUGGUUCCGGACCUUUUCCUACUGAAAUUCUGGGUUCAGGGGGUGAUCUCCUCAGAUUUGCCGGGCAGGAGUUUGGCACAACUACUGGCCGUCCUCGGCGGUGUGGCUGGCUGGAUAUAGUAGCCUUGAAAUACUCAUGUCAGAUAAAUGGUUUUUCAUCGUUGAAUCUUACCAAGCUGGAUGUUUUAUCAGAUCUUGAAGAAAUUCAGUUGGGUAUUUCUUACAAACUCGAUGAUGGCACCUUAAUCAAAUCAUUUCCCUCUGACCUCCGUCUUCUUGAGCAAUUGAAGGUGGAAUACGAAGUACUUCCAGGAUGGAAGUCCGAUAUUUCUUCCGUAAGAAACUACUCUGACCUUCCAAAAGCUGCACGGCAAUACGUGGAAAGGGUAGAAGAACUUGUGGGGGUCCCUAUUCACUACAUUGGUGUUGGACCUGGACGUGAUGCCCUCAUAUACAAAUGAUUUUUCAUGUUGAAUUUGCAUGCCUCUGUAGGUAAAGUUGAGGCUUUUUGCGGUAGGGAUGCCAAUUCCCGCUAACAUUUGAUGAGUUUUGGGAUGAAAACAUAUUCUUCCCGUUCGGUCCUUCCCAGCGCGUCCAGCCCUCAGCAAGAGGUAACUGUCUGGUUUUCGUUAGCUUCUAGUGUUCCCAAGCGCCAGAGCCGCUCGAUCUGCUUCAGUUCGUGAGAAAGCGUCCGUCCGUCACCAAGCGUCAGUCCGAUCCGUAGCAGUUUCAUCGUUCGUCCGCGAGUCUUUACCGUUCGUGAGUGUUUUAAUAGGGUCACACUAGAUCCGACUGAAACAGUAUAUGUUCUGGACACUCACAUAAAAUACUUAACACACUACUAUAACACGGGAAAAUUUGAAAUAAACAGAGAUUAGGAUGUCUACAUAGGCUAUGGAGGUUAGACCAUCUAGGGUGUCAACAUUGGGAUCUUGUAAGCUGAUGGUUAUUGGAUUUGCCUGAUUCUAACAAUCAUAAUGAGCUCUUAGACCAUCUAAGUUGCUAAGUUGUUGAAGGGUUAUAUGUAUCAUGCAAAGAGUUAAAGUUUGACCCUAUGAAUUCUCGAGCUCUGAAGUUAAUUGGUUAUGGCGCUGAGAAUUUUAAAGUUUAUGUACUUUUUAAGUCUAA